CGUCAGUAUACCACACUCGCUCGUUCAAUCCGGUCCGCGUAGCAGGCUCAUUGGUAUACGCACACGCACACGCAUACGUACACGCACACGCACACGCACACACGCGCAAUCGUUGCAGUUCUCUCCGUCAGGUACGACAUGGUCGACAUCGUGCGCCGACCGGAGGCAGCAGCACAAGCGUUGUGGUGAACGCGCCCCCCGCGACAUUCGGUGAAGACGACCGCCGCCGCCGUCAGUCGCCACUCGUCGACGCCGCCGCGUACCGUGCGUCUAGUCAGUGUGCGAUCGUCCGCCUUUGCCGACGGUACUCGACCGUUGUUGUUGCUGUUGCUGUCGUGGUCGUGUCAGUGUUUGCUCACCGCUCGCGACAACUGCACGAGUGCAGAAAUCGCUCGCACGUCUAUUCGUUUGAAAAAAAAUUUUCGCCGAUCGCGAUCUACCGUCAUCGUCGAUAAAUUUCAAUUCAGUUUUUUUUAACGCGACGACCUUUUGCCAGACGUGGAAAAAAAAUAUUUUUUUCCUCCACAUCGCUCGAGCGCGUGUAGACUUUGAAUUUUUUUUGUGCGUUUUCGUAAUUUUUUUUCGAUUACGUGCCGCCGUGUUCUUUGGAUCGCAACGAUAAAUAUUUUUGCAACACAAUACACGUAAAAUAAUAAAUAAACAUUUGCAACAUGGUGCCCAAACAAGAAACGAACCGCAUCAUCGACUCUCCGGAUAACGAGAUGGACCUGCCGAUGUUUGGUUCACAACUGGUCGACGAAAACUCGACGACGCCGUACUCCGACGCCACACAGACGAAAAAGAACAAUCCAAAUCACAUCAAACGGCCAAUGAACGCGUUCAUGGUGUGGUCACAACUUGAAAGACGCAAGAUAUGUAAUGAUCAACCGGACAUGCACAACGCGGAGAUAUCGAAGAUGCUCGGUGUGAGGUGGAAAAAGCUGACCGAUGAACAGCGGAAACCGUUCAUUGAGGAGGCCGAGAAGCUGAGACUGAUGCACCUCAAAGAGUACCCGAACUACAAGUACAGGCCACGCAAGAGGACGCCAAAGAACGGCAGUGGUAACGCGACCAACACGUCUGCUCCGGUCACGAUCGCGAAGACCACCACGACGGCUGCGGCUCAGUCAAAGUUCCGGAAGAACAUGUGCAAAAAGUUCGGCAACGCUAUGACAGUGUCCAGCCGCGUCGCGUCUGCCCUUAACUCGGGGACGGUGCGCGUGCUGGAGACAUGCAGGACCACGGAACCGACACCAGUGGGAUUGCUCCAAGACAACACCACUUCAUCGACAUCGUCGUCAAAAUCUUUCGUCCGGCGCAACGGCAUCAUACAGGUGAACAGGAUGAGUCCGGUGAACCCGGAUCGGCUCAAGUAUCACUUCACGAUCGAUACGGCCAAGGGCAACAGUUCCAAGGAUGCGGCCGAGGUGCGCGUGCCCGCUUCGGUACACGCCAAGGUGCCGACCAGCCCGACGUGCGACUCUCCUAACUCGCCGGAGAGCGCCACGUUCUACGACGACUCGCCGCUGACGUGCAGCUUCGACGUCGUCAAGCCGCUCAAAAUCAAGUUGCUCAACACGUCGCUCAACACAUCGGCCACGAUCACGGUGCUGGCCGACGUAGACGACGAUGACUGCAACGAGGACUGCGACAACAACAGCGCCAACGCCAACGCCAUGUUGCUCAGUCCCAGUUCGGCCGCAUCGCUCAUGUCCGCCCGACAGAUGGACCAGCAGCUCCACCAGCAACACCACCACCAGCAGCACAACCACCUAAACAAUCAGUCGUCGGCCGAUCUGCUCGCCCGGACCCUGAUGAAGGACGAUCACCUGCUGAUCAAGGCUGAACCCUCGCACCCGUCGCCGUCUUCGUCCUCCGUCGCUCAGUCGUCGUAUUUUUCCGUCAAACAGGAACCGAUGGACUGCGAGUCGGAAACGGCCGCGCUGGGCCGCGUCGGCGAGAAUCCAUCGCUGGCCGACCUCGAGUGCCUGGAUGACCUCAUCCAGAUGCCGUCCGACUUCAAGAUGGACAUCGAUUGCCUGUCAUCCGACAUGGACAACGGCUCCGUCCGGCAGAGCUCGCACCUCGAGUUCACGUGCACGUCCGACAUGACCGACAUACUGUCCCACAUGGGCGUCACCCCCGACUGGGAGGACGUGCGGGGCAUCAUCAACGACUGCUAAAUGCGCAGGGGCAGAGGAGAAGAAAACGCGCGCCCCUACCGCUGUAGCCCCGAAAAUCAUUCGUCCCCACCAACCACACCCGCCGCCGUCGUCGUCGUCGUCGUUCAACAUUAUAAUAAUUCGACCGCCGCCACUAUACUACCCCUUAAAAAAAAACACAUACACACAAUUUAUUAUUAAUUUAAACGUAAAUACAAAAACACGAAGUCCUCCGCUGUGAUUGGUUAUAAUUUUUUUUUUUUAAGUUAAUUUAUUCAUUCUAUUACGUUUUCCUCUUUUCGUCGUAUUAUGAUAUUAUGUUAUAUUUAUUCUACAUAUACGUACGCGUGUAAGUAUGUAUUGUGCGCGCGUGUAAUAUAUAUUAUAUACCUAAAUAUGAAAAUCUAUACAAAGCAGAAAAAAAACAAUACUCAUGUAAAAACCCGACGUGCUUGCGUUUGGAGUAAUAAAUCACACAUACACACACACACACACAAUAUGUAAGUUUUUACUGUCCGUUUGUUUUUGUAUACGUCUUCUAGAUAUUAUAUAAUAUGUAUAUUUGCAUAAAAUUAUAUUAUUAUUACUACUACAGUACUACUAUUACUAUACAACUGCAGUUGCCACUAUUAUGUUUUUAUACAUUCGUAUACACACACAGUACUGGUCGGCGGCAGACGACAAUCGGAAUUAAUUUCACUCUUAUCGUGUAAAUAAUAAUAUAUAAUACGACUUUUUUAUACUGUCGAACGAUACGUGUCGAAUAUUUCAUUGUAAAUUUAUAUACAACAUAUAUAUAUAUAUAUAUAUAUAAAUAUUAUAUUAAAUAUAAAAACGACGUGACUUUUUUUUAUAUUUAUUUCGCUCGUAAAACGCGUAAAAUUCGUCAAAAAUUGUGAUGUCUCGACGUUUAUUUUUUAAGUUUGUCGUGUAUUCGUAAAAAAAAAAUAAUAAUGAUAUUAUAUUAUAUGUAUUUGGAUUACUUCUGAAUCGCUUUCUAAAUUUUUUUGAACACGACUAACGUAAUAUUGUAAAAAUAUUAUAUUGUAUGCUAGUAACUAGAGCCUCAGUAGACAAUAAUGAUAAUAAUAAUAUUCGCUUCGUAAUCUUUAAAUGUUUUUUUUUUUUUACUCCAAGUGUGAACAUUUUGUUUAGGUGUUUUUAUAUAUUCAUAUAUAACAUAUUAUAUUUUAAUCAUUAUCACGUUGUACUAUAAAAAUUAAUUAUACUGUUGCUUAAGUGUUGUUAAAUAUAGGGUGCUUCCAUUUGUAUAAUCAUUAUGAAAAUUAUAAAAAGCAAAAAAAAUUAUAAUAUAUGUAUGUGUGAAUAUGUAUAUAUACAUAUAUAUACGCAUAUGCGUGAGUAUGUAAUAUGUAUGUUUAUGUGUGUAUAUUAUAUAUUAUGAAAAUCUUGUGUCCGAAUUAGAAAGAGGAAUGUUUUCAACGUCAUAUUUUUUUUUAUGCUUUGGCUAUAGAUACUUACACAUUAUAAGCGUAUUUUGAUUUACCUGUAUUUUUUAUUCAAAUUCAAAAGUAAAAAAAAAAAAAAAUAAACGAUAAUUCGAUUUUUACC